AGUAUAUCAUCAUUUACUAAAUUGAAGCAACCCCAUACUCGAUUUUAUCGUUUUAUCAAAGUGAUCCUAAGUCAAUUCAGAACUUGAAAAACACGUGCCCAUCUACUUUGGCCGUCUUCACCCACCUGGCCGCCCAUCCCCGCCGCACAAUUUCUUUCACCAAAUACUCCUACGGCGCACGAUAGCCUUCUCUCUCUCUCUCUUUCUCACAUGUACCACUCCUCUUCUUCACUACACUACUCAGAGACGAAAAACCCUAAUGUCUCUCUCUCAGCCCUAAUCUGAAUUCCUUACUGAAUUUCAUUCAACCUUCACCUUAUUUACGAUUUUCACUGAAUUUGUUCCAAUUCGAGGUGUGGGAAGAUGAUGGGUUCCGAGAAUCAGAGCUUCCAAGAAGCUCAUCUCUAUGCCUCCAAAGAAGAUAUGGAAAAUCUCGUCCUUGACGACUCCUUGAAUGGCAAUAAAUCGUACUCAAAUUAUCGUAGUGCCUUGUCGUCAAUUUCCGAUUCCCACCAUCCUCUUUCCGCUCCGGUGGUUGUGACGUCAGUCGAUUCCGAUCCCCUGCUUGCUCCUCCAUCGUAUCGCGAUUUCCAGAAUCCUGGUCCUGCCAUCGCUUCCGCCGCCCCGGACAACUCCUACCUCGACCCUCCGUCUUAUGCCGAUGUUAUUUUUAGCCCCUUUGAUGGAAAUAAUUUCAACGACGCUAACGGUGUCGAUAGCCCCAGCAAGAGAUCAGACAAUUCGGGGUCUUUUUCGAGAUCGUCAUCUUCUAACUCCGAAUACAUUAAAAUAACGGUUUCCAAUCCUCAGAAAGAGCAGGAGACUUCGAAUUCGCUCGUUCCCGGAGGCAAUACAUACGUCACUUACCUGAUUAGUACGAGAACGAACCUUCCGGACUUCGGCGGAUCUGAAUUCAGCGUCCGAAGAAGGUUUCGGGAUGUUGUGACAUUGUCAGACCGGCUUGCUGAAUCGUACCGAGGGUUCUUUGUGCCGCCAAGGCCAGACAAGAGUGUGGUAGAGAGCCAGGUGAUGCAGAAGCAAGAGUUUGUGGAGCAGAGAAGGGUGGCAUUGGAGAAAUACUUGAGGAGGUUGGCUGAACACCCUGUGAUUAAGAAGAGCGAUGAAUUGAAGGUGUUCUUGCAGGUUCAAGGGAAGCUUCCUCUGCCGACGACCACCGAUGUUGCAUCGAGAAUGCUUGAUGGGGCUGUGAAGCUUCCAAAGCAGUUGUUCACUGAGAGUGCGGUAGCACCCCAUGAGGUAGUGCAGCCUGCAAAAGGUGGAAGAGAUUUGUUGAGGUUGUUCAAAGAGCUAAAGCAGUCAAUGGCCAAUGAUUGGGGAGCAUCAAAGCCACCCCUGGUUGAGGAAGAUAAGGAGUUUAUGGAGAAGAAAGAGAAGAUGCACGACCUCGAGCAACAACUAAGUUUAGCUUCCCAGCAGGCUGAAUCACUCGUCAAAGCCCAACAAGACAUGGGAGAAACAUUAGGAGAAUUGGGGUUGGCCUUUAUCAAGCUGACUAAAUUUGAGACUGAGGAGGCUGUUUCUAAUGCUCAGAAAGUCCGGGCUGCUGACAUGAAAGGUCUCGCAACUGCUGCUGUUAAAGCAAGCAGAUUCUAUCGUGAGUUGAAUGCUCAGACUGUCAAACAUCUGGAUACACUUCAUGAAUAUCUUGGGUUAAUGUUAGCUGUCAACAGUGCAUUUUCAGACCGAUCGAGUGCUUUACUUACUGUGCAGACUCUUUUAUCAGAACUAGAAUCAUUGCAGUCAAGGACUGAAAAACUUGAAGUAGCAUCAUCUAAAAUAUUUGGUGGUGACAGAUCAAGGAUUCGUAAGCUUGAGGAGUUAAAAGAAACCAUUAGGGUCACAGAGGACGCCAAACAUGUUGCAAUCAGAGAAUAUGAGCGAAUCAAGGAAAACAAUAAGUGUGAACUUGAAAGGUUUGACAAAGAGAGAGAUUCUGACUUCUUGAACAUGUUGAAGGGGUUUGUCCUCAAUCAGGUCAUUAUUCUUUUAUUUUUUCCUUCUAUUCCACACGAUCUUAUUCAUUCCUUCAUUCAUUUGAUUUCUUUGUCAAUUUCUUAGCUUUAUUUUGUCUUUAGACAGACACAACUUCACUGUACUUAUGUUUUUUCUUUGAUAUGUAAUAUGAUAAAAACAUGGGUUUUUGCUAUGCAAGUGAUCAUAUAAUUAUGUUCUCUUAUGCAAUUCUUUUUAUUAUUCGUCUUUGUUGCUUGUCAAUUUCUCACAGGUGGGAUAUGCGGAGAAAAUCGCAAAUGUGUGGGCAAAGGUGGCUGAGGACACCAGUGGUUAUGCAAGAGAAAGCUGUUGAACCCAAAAUUAUGUAAAUUCAGAAGUUUUAUUUUUAUUUAUUUAUUUUUCUUUUACUUCCAAGUUCAAAUUUUUAUUGAUAUCCCACCCAAUUGAAAUAGCAUUACAUGGAAUGGAAACAAUAAACGACAAAAUGGGUGCACUUGGUUGUUCUUUGCCUUUCUCAGUUUGUAACAGAAAGAUUUAUCGACACGUAUUUGAUCUUUGUAAAUUACAGUGCUACCUUACUUUACUUGUUUUGACAUUUAAUCUUUUAA